AAAAAAAAAAUUUAAUAAGAAAAAAGGAAAAGGAAAAAAAAAAAAAAGGGGCUUUGCUCACUUCGGUCCACCGUCUCCUCCAAUUGCCGGACCCUUAACCGCACGGCGAAGGGAAAGCAGCAGCGGCCACCCGCCACUACCAUCAGGCUCAUGGAGUGCUUUAGUCUUGAAGUCAUUCAUGGAUGCUUCUUCAGUUCCUAUGCAACUUUCAAGGUUGCACUUCUUUAGAUAUAAUUUCUAGAGAAUGCAUCGAGUCAUUGAAUCAACUAUGUCAACAAAGUGGGGAAUGGGGAAAGUGAUGCAAUUUUGUUCACGGUGCUUCUAUUUGAGUACAUUUCCCCAGUUUAUUUCUUGGAAGGAAGUGAUGACACCAGCAUUGUAAGGACUUUUCCAUGAGGCUUGGUGUGACUUUGGUCGUGUUUGAAUAGGGCCCUUAUUGGGGUUAAGAUUGAAGUCAUGCUCCUAAAUUUGAUAAGGUGACACAGUUGGAAUCAUUACCUCAUGGGUUUAAAAAUUUAGUGGAUGGCCAUAUAUAAUUGCAUUUGUUAUAAUUGAAAAACAGAAGAAUUGGGCAGUCACGUAGUCAAAGUAUUCUGCAUGGUGGACACAUCUUUGGAUGCUUAUUCAAUACUCUCAAUCAGUUAAAAAGUAAAAGCUAGAAAAGACGAGAGCAGGGCAAGCUACAGUGUGUAGAAGAUUGUGGAUAAUUGUUUUCUGUUGAUCAAUCAAAGGGAAAACUAUACAAGAAUAUAAGGGAUUAUGAAGGAAGUCAAAUUGGAUCAUCGGCGAGCAUCCAAAAGAAUUGCACAGUUGAUAGUAUGAAUGCUAUUGAUCUUGACAUGUUUGGCUGAAAAUAAAUUGAUUAAAUGUAUAUGUAGUUGCCUAACUCUUGGUGGAACCUGUUAGUGAGGUAGGCUGAAUAAUGCAGAGAAUCUUAUUGAUUGAAGCACCUUUAAAUGUAGUUUGUUCAAGCCUUAUUGUUUGCUACAACAAAUGCAUGUCAAAAUACCAAUUGGGUCUCUUCAAGUCAAAAUUGUGUUUGUUCUGUGUGGGUUGCUGCUGCAUGAAGUGUUGGUUCCCUUCCCAAUGCAUCUUAGUUAGCACUGAAUCUGUACCUGACAGGAGUUCUUUUUGCUUAUUUUUUUGUGGUGGCACUGUUGGAAAUGUACACUUGACAACCACUUCUAUUCCAUAUUGCGCAGGAUGGGGGAAAUUCUUUGAAUCAUGUGACCCUGAUUUUUCCAGGUUUGAUGUGGAUUAAAUGGCUAAUCAUUCUUUAAUUGUACCCAAUGCUCCUCAUGAUAUAAUAGAGCAUCCGUUGGUCAUUGGCCAAGAAUUUGCUGAUGUGGAAACUUGUCGAAGAACAUUGAAAGAUAUUGCUAUAGCACUGCAUUUUGAUCUUCGAAUAGUUAAAUCAGAUCGCAGUCGGUUUAUAGCCAAGUGUAAUAAAGAAGGUUGUCCAUGGCGUGUCCAUGUAGCCAAAUGUCCUGGAGUUCCGACCUUCACAAUUAGAACCCUUCAUGGAGAGCAUACCUGUGAAGGAGUUCACAACCAUCAUCAUCAGCAAGCAUCAGUAGGUUGGGUUGCUAGAUCUGUAGAGGCACGCAUUCGAGAUAAUCCACAAUACAAGCCAAAAGAAAUCCUGCAAGAUAUCCGUGAUCAGCAUGGAGUUGCUGUUUCCUACAUGCAAGCUUGGCGUGGGAAGGAGCGAAGCAUGGCUGCACUUCAUGGAACUUUUGAAGAAGGGUAUCGACUUCUACCUGCGUACUGCGAGCAAAUGAGGAAAACCAACCCGGGAAGCAUUGCAACAGUUGUUGCCACUGGACAAGAAAAUUGCUUCCAGCGCCUCUUUAUUUCUUAUCGUGCAUCGAUCUAUGGGUUUAUAAAUGCUUGUAGGCCGCUAUUAGAACUUGACAGAGCACAUCUUAAAGGGAAGUACUUGGGUACAUUACUUUGCGCAGCAGCUGUUGAUGCUGAUGAUGCAUUGUUUCCAUUGGCUAUUGCUAUUGUUGACGUGGAAAGUGAUGAAAGUUGGAUGUGGUUCAUGUCAGAAUUGCGCAAGCUUCUUGGGGUAAAUACUGACAAUAUGCCUAGACUUACAAUAUUAUCCGAAAGACAAAGAGGCAUUGUUGAGGCGGUGGAAACUCAUUUUCCAAGUGCUUUUCAUGGUUUUUGUCUGCGCUAUGUUAGUGAAAAUUUCCGUGAUACAUUUAAAAACACAAAAUUGGUGAAUAUCUUCUGGAAUGCAGUUUAUGCACUCACGGCAGUCGAAUUCGAGAGCAAGAUUGCUGAGAUGGUAGAAGUUUCACAGGAUGUGAUACCAUGGUUUCAACACUUCCCUCCCCAACUCUGGGCUGUAGCAUAUUUUGAGGGUGUGCGAUAUGGCCAUUUUACGCUGGGGGUCACAGAGUUGUUGUAUAAUUGGGCCCUUGAAUGUCAUGAGCUCCCUAUUGUGCGAAUGAUGGAGCAUAUUCGCCAUCUGUUGACGUCUUGGUUUAAUGAUCGCCGAGAUAUGGGCAUGAGGUUGACCUCUAUUCUUGUUCCAUCCGCUGAGAAGCGGGUUUUAGAGGCUAUUGCAGAUGCUCGUUGCUAUCAAGUACUUCGUGCAAAUGAAGUUGAAUUUGAGAUUGUGUCAACCGAGCGGACAAAUAUCGUGGACAUACGUAGUCGUAUUUGCUCAUGUCGCCGUUGGCAGCUGUAUGGUUUACCUUGCGCGCAUGCUGCUGCUGCUCUUAUUUCCUGUGGGCAAAAUGCCCAUCUAUUUGCAGAGCCUUGUUUCACAGUAGCAAGCUACCGUGAGACCUAUUCACAAAGUGUAAACCCUAUUCCAGAUAGAAGCCAAUGGACAGAAGCAGGUGAGGGGGCAGAGGGUGGAGGUGCCAAGGGUGAUAUCAUAAUACGGCCCCCGAAGAUUCGCCGGCCUCCAGGAAGACCCAAAAAAAAGGUUCUUCGUGUAGAGAACUUUAAGCGGCCAAAGAGAGUUGUUCAAUGUGGUCGCUGCCAUAUGUUAGGACAUUCGCAAAAGAAAUGCACAAUGCCAAUUUGACCUGAGUUAGCCUGUUUAAAUUAUCUUGUUUUUGUUUUUCUAAUUGUUCUCAAAUGCAAUAGGUGUGCUUGUAAUAUCAAUGUAAAUUUGACUAUUUAGUUGCCAAAACAAGGAUGCUGUCCUUUUUUUUUUUUGGCAUUGUUUCGUCUGAAUGUCUUGUGCAUGUGAUGGCAGCAUAAAUUAUGGGGAGGAUAAAUCUUUCUUUGUUCA